AUGCCUUACCCCGAAGAAGCUGAAGGUUUCCAGGUUGACAGUCCUGAUACUUUCACCACUUUCCAUAAGAGAUUCUUCAAACUGAAGCCGUUUGGUGAUUAUGACGUCGAUGUCAAGAUUGAGGCUUGCGGUGUCUGCGGAAGUGAUGUGCACACAAUCAGCGGUGGCUGGGGAGAGCAGAAGUUCCCCCUCUGUGUUGGACACGAAAUUAUCGGUCGAGCGAUCCGCGUCGGUCCCAAAGUCACCCUGAUCAAGGAAGGUGAACGCGUCGGCGUCGGCGCCCAGUCCUACUCCUGCGGCGAGUGCAAGCAAUGCAAGAACGACAACGAGACCUACUGCCCUGUUCUCCAGAUCGACACAUAUGGCGCCCAGUGGCCCGAGACCGGCAUCGUCAGCCAGGGCGGCUACUCGUCGCAUAUCCGCACCCACGAGCACUGGGUGUUCCCCAUCCCCGAGGGACUGGACACAAACUUGGCUGCGCCCAUGCUGUGCGCCGGCCUGACCGCGUACUCUCCGCUGGUCCGCAACGGCGCCGGCCCCGGGAAGAAGGUCGGUAUUGUUGGGCUGGGAGGCAUUGGUCACUUUGGUGUGAUGUUAGCCAAGGCGCUGGGCGCUGAGACCUGGGCCAUCUCGCGGUCGCGGGCGAAGGAGGAGGAUGCGCGGCAGCUGGGUGCGGACGGGUACAUCGCGACCGCUGAGGAGGGCUGGGAGAAGCCCCAUCUCUGUUCGUUUGAUCUGAUCAUCAACUGCGCCAACUCGUCCGAGGGCUUCGAUCUGGCCAAGUACCUGUCCAUGAUGGAUGUGCAUGGUCGCUGGAUCAGCGUCGGUCUACCCGAGGAAGAAGGCCAGGUCAUCAAGGCGCAAAACCUCAUCUCGAACGGUGUUCUCAUCGGCGCGAGCCACCUGGGUAGCCGAAAGGAGAUGCUGGCGAUGCUGCAGCUGGCAGCCGACAAGGGUCUGAAGAGCUGGGUGGAGGAGCUGCAGAUCGGCGAGGAGGGCCUGAAGCAAGCGAUGCUCCGGAUGAAGAAGGGCGAUGUUCGCUACCGGUUUACCCUGACUGGUUACGACAAGGUCUUUGGUUAG